AUGAAUUACAAUCGAAUAUUACGCGCCACUAAUUUUUUAUUCAUUUGUGCUGGAUACCAAGUUCAAUGGUUUAGCGUUGCAACUCGAAUAUUUAAACUUCAUGCAGCUCCUGUGAUAUAUUUGAUUCUUCUAACAUUUUGGUAUGCAGCGUGUUUUCGAGAACAUUUUCUCGAUUCGUCCAUCUUUGGUUUUCUUAAGAUGAUAGUUCCAGCUUUACACAAUAUCAUUCGGUUUCAUUUACUUAUGGGUCUGAAGAUAUGGAUAUUUGUGAUUUUUGAAAUGAGAUACAUUACAAAAGCAUUGAAUGAUUUUAUCAAAAUACUUCCUUCGCAAACAAAUUUUAAGUGGAGUUGGAAGGAUCUUAAUGCGUUUAUUUGGUUAUUUUCUGGUUUGCUGAUAAAUAUGGGUUUUGCAUUUUAUAUCAUGUUCGAGAUGGAAUUUAUGUUGCCAACUAUGAAUCAAAUUAUGCAUGCUUCGGCUUUGUUUUUGCCACAUUUUGCAUUAGCUUGUUCCUUCAAAGUGCUUAAUUUGGCUUCAUUGGUUUCUAAAUCUGAGCUUGAAAGUAUCCAUUCCAAAAUCAAUGAUGUUAUCCAAAACGAUUCACCUAUAAGAAAGAAAGAUUCUGAGAGAGAGAAUGGGGUCGAGCUUUCAUCACAGCCCUCAACUGAUCUAGAAAUUAAAAUCCCAGAUCUUGAAACUUUGCAACUUUUGGUUAGGAAAUUACAAGGAUUGGUUUCUACAACAAGCAAUAUCAAUCAAGUCAUUCAAAAACAAAUGCUCUUUUUGUUCGUAAUGAAUUCAAUAUCAAUGCUAGGAGCAGGUUAUAUCAUAGUUUACUAUAAUUCCAAAUGGCACCUGAUUUUGGAAGGACCACUUGGAAAUAGUUUAUAUGCUUUUAAUGUUGGAGUUUUUGUGUUCAUAUUUUGGGACUAUUUCUGCAUUUGUUUCGUGAAUUAUAGCCUCGAAAGUGUGAAAUUCAAAUUUUUAAAAGACGUUAUCGAAAUCUUAAGAAGAAAAUUACCUUUGGAAGAGGAUAAAAGGAUUGCAUUGAAGGAUAUGAAAAAAAUAUUAAAAAAUAACUUUAAUAUGCGAAUAUUUUUUAGAAUGCCAAUCAUAUGGCAGACACUUUUUACAGUUAACAUACUGGUCGGAUUGGCAAUAGCAUUAUUUAUAUGCUUCCAUUAUUUAAAUGAUAAUAUUGAGAAUUUGGAAGCAGAAAUGAAUAUGGACGAAGAGUAGAGUAUAGAGAAAAUGA